CUUAGUCCUUAUCAUAUCAGGGAGUAUUGGGAUCCUCGGUGUCGACAUUUCCAGUGACGUCCAAUUCCGUAGCCACCUGGAAGGAAAGGCUGCGCUGGCAUCCAAAAAACUCGGUGUGCUCAAUAAAGCGAGGCGAUACUUUACUCCGGGGCAAAUACUGCUGCUUUAUAAAUCGCAAGUCAGACCACAUAUGGAGUAUUGCUGUCACCUUUGGGCAGGAGCACCUGCAUGCCAGCUUGGACCAUUCGACUCAGUCCAAAGGCGCGCUGUACGAAUCGUCGACGAUCCCAAACUCACAAGCGGUAUUGAACCUUUAAGUCUAAGGAGAGACUUUGCCUCCUUGUGUGUGUUCUACCGCUUGUACAAUGGGCUGUGCUCUGAAGUAUUGUUUGACAUGAUGCCGACGGCCGCUGUCUAUCACCGCACCGCUCGCCGUCGGCAGGGUGUUCAUCCUCACACCCUAGAACCGAAAUAGUCGCGUACUGUGCGGCUUAAGAGGAAUUUCCUCCCGCGAACGCUUCGGCUGUGGAAUGAGCUUCCUGCCGAGGUUUUCCCGAGGGGCUACAGUAUGGGGUUCUUCAAAAAAGGAGUGAAAAAAAAAAACACCUUACAGCUCACAGCGUUCGUGGUCAACCAGGAGACUUGUGAGUAAAAUUACAAUAUGCAGAAUUUACCCUAAACACAAACGUAAAUGGCAGGAAGUAUUUUAAAUCCUUUAUACGCGAUGUAAUCCGUUUACAUACCUAUUUAUUACUUUAAACAUAGCCAAACCACUUUUAAAGCGAAUAAUAAUCAAAUGUACGAUCGAUCGAUAGCAUUCUGAGCCCCUAGUGUAAAUUUAUUCGAUUUCGUAACGUGACAUACGCGUUUGCGUUAAGCCUCAUUUUGUAUGGGAUUUAGAAACAGCGCGCCAAGCGGGACGUUUUGGAAACUCAAAAUCCCAUACAAAAUGAGACUUAACGCAAACGCGGACGUCACGUCUCGCUAUAGAAUAAAUUUAUACUAGAGGUACUGAAAUGGCAAACUCGAAUAUUGUCAGAGCUAGAUUUCUUUAAAGUCGAACGCACGGUCGUAUCAGUAUGCUGUAAGGGAUAACGACGCAUCACCAACCCGUGCUGGUCUAAUAAUCGUCAUGGAAACUAGUAAAAUGUCACAAAACCCUCUGUACAUACAUCGCACUCAUCCAAAUUAUCAUGAAGCAGUAUUAUGAUGGCCUCUGGACCGUAAUUUCAAUUAGGCUACUGUUUGCACUCUAUGGUUGCCCGCAAUUUCAUCGCACUCAAUUACUUUCACAAGGGUGCUUCGAAAAAAAGGUUUGCUUUUGUUUUACAGAGUAUGAAAAUAUAUGAUUUAAGGAGAAAAUACUGAUUCUUUUAGACGAAUACGUUUUUUAGUAUUUCCAGGAUAUUGAUAUUGUAACUAGUAAAUAAAACUUUUUAACAAAAAAUAAAACCGACUUUAAAUAAAAAAUACCAAAAGCGCCAUACAUGUACCUAUAACAUUUGAAGAGUUCCCUCGAUUUCUCCAAGAUUCCAUCAUCAGACCCCAACUUGGUGCCAAAUCUCGGGGUUAUACCCGUUCGAUUAAAUUUAUUUUUUUUGAAAAUCGAUUCACGAUUCUCGGAGAUAUCGAGUAACAUACAUACAAAAUAAAUCCUUUUUUGAAGUCGGUUAAAAAGUGGAACAGCAAGAAGUACCGAAAUGACAGGUGCGAUCAAAAAGCCACGUGGCAUUUCUAAAGCAAGGACACUAAAUACCAAGAAUUUCGUACAUUUUUUUUAUUGACCCGCCUGGUUCUAACUCGAUUGAUAAUCGGCAUCUAUGCCACGCAUGACGCAAUAGUUCGUGCCAUCCACGAUGACGCGCAGAUUUGUCAAAUCUAACCUUUAAUAACAUGACAUAACUAGUCCAGACACGCGUCUUUGUGAAUGACACGAUAUAUCUAUAUACUAACAAAUACAUAAGUAAAGAUAUAAUUGUAUGGGUACAUUUUCAGACAAGCAUUAACCGCACUGCCCGGUCUAAAUUUAGAAGUUGUUGCACGGAAAUACGGUAAACAAUAAAAAAAUAUAUUUCAAAACGGGUUAAGAGUAAAACAAGUACAAAUAGGGAGAUAAUUAAAUUCGUUUUAAUUAAUAAUUAUAAUUAGAGUCUUUGAUGUGCUUGCUUGAGAGAUUCAUCUAAAUAUUUACGUAUAUAUUAUCAUUUCAAGUUGCUUCAACAAAGACAACGAGUAUUCUUGCUUUCAAGAACAAAAUUUCUUGUUCCCGCAUAAUAAGCCCUUUAUAUCUUUAUCAAAUAUUUUAAACCAUAUUCUGAUCUCACCGUGCCCUAAAUUUAGCGCGCGCUUGCGAAAAACUAAACGGAAUCAUCCUGUAGAGCUUAUUUGUGGAUAUUCGCGCGGUUCUUUAGAUCAAUCAGUCUUAACGCCGCUGUAGCUUGUGAAAGAUGUGCCAUGCAUUUUCUUAUAUAAAUUCUUAAAGACCUUUUAAAUGGCUAGCGAUCCAGAUAGAAAAAAUAGUUCUUUCACGUGGUUCGGACCGAUAGCGAUCGGUGAAGAUGGGGAUGAAUAUGACGAUGAUGCCGUGAAGAUUCCAGUCAGCGUUCUACUGGUUUUAUGUUUUAUAAUGAGCGUGGUUGGGAAUGUGUGCACAUGUGCUGUCAUCGUUCGUGACCGCUCCAUGAGAACACCUACCAACUGUUACUUGUUUAACAUCGCCAUCGCAGACCUGACGACCGCAUUGUUCAUCCCGUUCGAGAUGUAUGUCAUGUGGGCACCUGACGCUUACCCGUUUGGAGAAGUUGGAUGCAUCAUUCACUUUCUAGUAUGGGAAUGUUUAUCUAACUGCAGUCUGCUGACGAUAGCUGCGUUCACAGUGGAAAGAUACCUGGCAGUUUCCAAGCCUUUCCUUCGCCAUAAGCUGACUUUGAAGCCCCGCGUGUAUAAAAUUGUUGCUAUCAAUUGGUUGGUUUCCGCCGGCUUUAGUAUACCCGAUCUGUUCCUCAUACGUUUAUAUGAGAAGAACGACCAAGCGUACUGCUAUAUGACUCUGCCGUUCCAUCUAAAACUGGUGAUAGUGACUGAGAUGUGUGUGUUCUUCGUAAUGCCGAUGACUAUGAUAUUCGUGUUGUAUAUAUUGAUUGCGUUCAAAAUCAAAUCGAUGAAAGUGGCGAACGGAACUAGUCCGGUGAACGGGAAGCAGUAUAGAGACAAGACCAUUAUGAUGUUGGCGGCGGUGGCGGCUACAUUUUUCUUUUGCUGGUUCCCGUUUUUCCUUCUGCGACUGGUGCUCGUGGCUCCCAUAAAUAAGUGGGCAGACUACGGAAGGGUAAGUUAAUGAAUAUAUUAUAUUAUAUUCGUUCGCAAAAUGAAACCCUUAUUAAAAUCUAAGUAAAAUUAUUUGUCACAGGAAUUUCGACGCUUUCACGAAAAUAUGUAAUUGUUUGCUUUGCUACGGUUUCGCCUAAUCAGUGAUCAGACUCUGACUUGCCUAGAUUUCUUUAUAUAAAUUAGCAUUUGUCUACUUUAUACGUGAUCUAGACUAAAUCCUUUUAAGAGCUAAUGUGCAUUACACAAUGUACACUCCAUUUCAAUAUAAUUGGAACAAAAUAAAGUAUGUAGCUUUUUUCAUUGCUUUCUCAAACAAACGAAAUUCACCUCAACUUACCUCAAUAAGGCUUAAAAAGUGUGUGUCAUUAUAAAAUAAUCAAAUUUUUCAAAUUGACAGUUGUUAUUUGAUGAUAUUGAAUAAAUAAAGUAUUUCCAUGCAGCCGCUGUUGGGGAUGGGCAAGAAACAUAACGUAACGUUGGACUCGUGUCACUUGUGGAAUGAUUUAACUAGCAGGGCUCAGAACCGGUUUAUUUUUAAAUCCCGAAAUAGCCCAAUAUUUUUCAUUAUUUUAUACUCUUUACGUAGGACUGGAUCAUGUAUUUAGGUAACAACUUCGCAUUAUUUGAUAGUCCUAUUAAAAAUGAAAUAAUAAACCAAAAAACGUAAUAAUACCGGUAUUUUUUGUAUGAAGAA